CUUCAGUCUAAACUGGUGGACACGAAGAGAAGGCUGCAUAAUGUUACUUUAUGUGUAUUUAUCGUCAAUAUUUUUUCUAUUAACGGCACUUGUUGUUUUAAAAAGACUGAAAAGUGGGCAAAAGGUUAGAUCAAAGAUUACAAUGGGGGGCUGGUUAAGCUACUUGUGGUGGGGCGGAAACCCGGACGCAGUGAACGAAGUGUCAGGUCUGACGCGGCGCGAGGUGUACGCCGUGCAACGCUCUUGGGCCCCCGUCGCUGCAAACUCCGUUGCUAAUGGGACGGAACUCCUCAAGAGAUUAUUCCGCGCAUACCCCGAGACGAAAGACUUCUUCAAGAUGCUCCGCAACCAGACCGAGGAAGACUUUUCGAGCAACAUACAGUUCAAGGCGCACGUCAUCAACCUGAUGAGCUCGCUCGACCAGGCCGUGGCCAACCUCAACCAGCCCGAGGUGGUCGCCGCCAUGAUGAGGAGGCUCGGGGAGUCGCAUAAGAAACGGCAGAUUAAAGAGAGCCACUUUCAUGAUUUAAAGGACGUAAUAGUGAAGAUGUUCAUUGAAGUGCUGAAACUAGACGAUUCUACACUCGGUGCAUGGGGCAAGACCGUCGACUUCUGGUACAAUCACGUGUUCGAGACCCUCAACGCCGAGGCGAGAUAGCAUGAGCUAAGCGG